UUGUACCGUAGAUGGAGAUACAAGACUGACGCAACAAGUUAAAGAUCCAGGGAUUCACGUGUGGAUUAACUUUUUGUUUAGAAGCGCAACCUGGACACGUUUUGGAUACGCCAAAGUGGACGGAGAGUUUGUUUUGGAGAUGCGCUUUAAAGUGGUGCUUAUUUUCUAAUUCAGCACAAAACCAAAGGCAGCAUCCACUGAAGCCAUUAUCAUGCGGGGAUACAACUGGACUUCGAAUCAGCGACCUUCACCUAUUUGCCAAGAACCACCACCACCUUAUCACGCCAGCAGGAAUUUCCAACACAAUGCACGACAAUCACACUUCGACUCCCCACCAUACCCCACAGGACAGGCACGGCAUCACAGUGGACAUCAAGAGGUUGUAAAUAACUGGAAUUUCCCUACAAGCAAUACAGAUGGCUUUGCUCAAGGUUUUCAACGAAAUUUCGGUUGGUAUGAGGGACAGCAAAACCAAACAUUUUCUCAACAACCAUUCACAGGCCAACAUCAACACUUCAGGUCUUCAAAUGUUGUUGGACGCAACACAGAUGGUUUUGUGUCUGACAACCCUAAUGCAGAUAGUUACCAUGCCAGAUACAACAUGCAGGCAUGUUCAAAUGCAUAUUUUCCCACCCAGCAAAACUACAGACAAACAGGACCACCGAAUAUUAAUGUUGCUCAUAUGUAUUGUGCUCAAUAUUCAGACCAUGGAAACUCCAGAACUAUGUCUAAUGAUAACAGGGACUGGAGUUCAAAUAUUUCUGACAAUUGCAGGUCUUACCAACAACCUCAGCGUAGACAAGCUCACUUCUAUCCUCAACAGUCAGGUCAACAGCAGACACCUAGACGUCCCUCAACACCUAAACAUUGGGCCAAAGACAAUUUCGUAACCAAAAAACAUAACAAAAGUCAAGCUGGACUUAAAAGAAAUACUUCUCCACCUUCAAAGAACUUUAAACAGAGUCGGACAGAACUGAGGUCUAAUGCAACUCUGAAUGUACCGGCAGCUCCAUCUCCGAAGAAUCAAAGCAGCCCUGAGCAUUCGACUCCAGACACAAAAGGUAAAUCAUGUGAUGUUAAUCAAAACUUUCAUAUACACCAAACAUCUACAUAUGAUACCCAAUUUAACCCUACCUCCAGACAUGAUUUCAACUUGACAUCUUAUAUUAACUCACAACUGUAUCGACUUCUGUGUUCAAAUGAAGGUACACAAGAUAACAAAUCAGCGACAAAUAAGCAGCCAUCAGAUGUCGGAGUUGAAAACACCAGUACGGAAAAAUCGGAGGACGGUGAUGCCAGCGUGACUGACGACUCCUCGCAAUCAAGGCAACUUUCUUCUGAGCCUAAUUUACAGUCUGUAGUUGAACCCCCCAGUAAACGAAAGAAAUACGAAUUAACUCAGACGAACUAUUGGAACAAGUUCCCAUCCAAAAACUCAAGCGUGUCUAAGGAUGGCAGGUUGCAGUCUGCCUUACCUGGCACCUGUCAGAUAGGCACAACCGAAGAAAACAGCAGUGGGCAAAGUAAGAUUCAAUAUGUUUCUGACCCCGCCCAAUGUCUUGAAGCUGUGUUUGCCCUAACGAAAGCCUUUCAGCAAAAAGCCAUAGCGGUUGUCCCUCCCAUUUCCCAGCAGACUUCAAACACAGAAAAGAUGGAUGAUGCAUGCAAAAGGGUUGUUGACAGUCCCCCUUUAAAGAUUGAUGCUGUCUGGUCACUUUCUGAAGAGUGUGAUGAGUCAAAAGAUCCUUUCAUAAAUGCAGAUGACAAGCUGUCACAAGACUCCUCACCAGAGGUUCAGCAGGAUGGCAGAAUCAGUCCUGUAAGUAAGACCACUAACAACAUUGCAGAUCCAAGCGUGACUCAAAGUUUAGAGACUGAUGUAUGUCAAAAUGACGUGCAACAAAGUGACUGUGAUUCGAGUGAAACUGAAAUUGAAUUGUCCAAUGUACCAGUGGUUGAAUAUACAUUAGAGAAAUUGAAGAGGUUAGUACAGUCUAUGGAGAUGACAGAGUCAUUUGCUGAACGUACAGAGAAACCCGAGGGAUCUGUUUUCGAUCAGAUCUUGGACAAGUACUGGAAUGGGGACGUUUGCUGUCUUUUAAAGUAUAUACGCACAAACAUAUUAGAUGAUGUCAGACACUCCCUGUAUGUUCAAAAUGUUGAAGAUGACAAAUCUGUGGUAUUUGAAAGCAUCACACCUGAAAACGUUAAAGAAGUGGCUCGCUUUAUAGUUGUAAACAAUGAGACGUGUUCAUCACCCCAGGAGUUUAGGUCUUCUUGGUUAAAUGUUGAUGCUCAGCCAGAUAUCGAAAAAGUCCUUUCAGAACCGCUCUCCAAUUACAUCACUAUCUCCGAAUUGGCGCCUUAUAACAUUUGUGUCCAUGCAGACAAUUUAGGUGAGAAAGACCUUGAGGUUACAUCAUUCGAUGCAGAUGAGCAAAGUGAAAGGCCAGACACUGGAAGUUUUGCAGAAAUUGUCACACCUUCUGCGGGAAAUGGCAGGGUGGAAAUGACCAGAGAGGACAAAGGGCAUUCAAAUGCAAAAAUUUGUGGAGUCGCAUUUCCUCGCAAUGUUCCCAGUGAACAAGAAACAUUUGAGAAGCGAGGUGACAAAAUGCAAAAUCGCAAGCAUCUAAACACAAAGCCUUUGGCAAACAUUUCACCCAUAGCGGACAUGUAUUUAGAACGGAGACAUGAUAGCACAAAAGAAACUUUAAGCCAAGAACAUAUAAGAGACAAACAAGAGCAAGUCUUAGCAUCUGCUCCGCUCAUUGAGCAACAAGUGAAAUUGGGCUCUGAACAACCACAUAAUAAUCUGCUUCCCGUGUGCCCUGGAGAUAAACCAUUGCCAUUUGUCAACGCUGUUUCAGAUUGUGUGAAAACCACAGAAGACCAAAGUAACUUCAUAAACACAUGGCAGGUAGAAGAUAUUUCAGAUGAUGACAGUUCAGGCAAAAUGGAGGUCCUUACAAACUCCACAGAUGCAAUGCAAGUAGAAAAUUUUUCUAAAGAUGAAAAUCUAUGCAAUACGGAGGCCCUUGCUAACUCCAAAGACACAAUGCAGACAGAAAGUAUUGCUAAAGAUGAGAAUUUAGGAAAUAUGGAAGUCAUUACUAACUCCACAGACAAAUGGCAGGUAGAAGAUAUUUCAGAUGAUGAUAAUUCAGGCAAUAUAGAGGCCAUUGCUGACUCCACAGACGCAAUGCAAGUAGAAAAUGUUUAUGAAAAUGAGAAUUCAGGCAAAAUAGAAGUCCUUUCAAACUUAUCAGACGCAAUGCAAGUAGAAGAAAUUUCUGAUGAUGAGAAUUCAGAUAAUGAAAACUCAUUCAAUGAUUGCUUGUUGAUGGAUAUGACAGUGCUGUCCUCCGAAGAUGCUUUAAAAUUUUUCCAACAGUUAGAAAAUCAACCUCAAUGUGACGUAAAAAACUCAGAGCUUGUGGCAUUAUCUUCCAAUGAGCCUAAUUGUGAAUAUAUCCAACCAAAAACCUGCUCUCGUUGUGGAACCAAUACUAUUGUGACAUCUGAAUUCACUUUUGAUGUGAAUAAAAUGGAUAGUGAACUUUUUUGCAUCCCGUGUUGGGAAACAGCACCAUCGCUUGACCUAGCAAUAAAACCAUGCUCUCCUGAAAAGAGUAAGAUUGAUGUUGUGGGCAGUGACAAAAAGGAACUGGAGCAAAAUUGUAGUUUGCCAUGUUUAAAAUCAGAAGUCUUUGAGACAGUUAUUGCUUCAACUGUGCCACACAAUGCACAUCAAAGAGCAGCCUGCGACAAAGUGGUAAAUUCAGUGCCAGACGAAGCAUCUGAGGUUCAAAGUAGAGAUUUUCCGACAAAGAGUUACGCUGUGGAAAAUUCGACGCCUAACAAAGCUCCUGAGACUCCAAGUGGAGGUUUUCCAACAGGAAAGCCAGAAAGUGAUGCUGUGGAAAGAUCAACUCCAAACAAAGCUCCUGAGACUCCAAGUAGAGGUUUUCCAACAGAAAAUGCAAACAAAGCCACUAAGAUUCAAAGAAGAGUUUUUCCGAAAGAGAAACCAAAAAGUGAAGCUGUGGAAAGUUCAACCCCAAAGAAAGCUCCGGAGACUCCAAGUAGAGCUUUUCCACCAGAAAAGUCAAAAAGUGAUGCUGUGGAAAGUUCAACCCAAAAGAAAAAUCCGGAGACUCCAAGUAGAGGUUUUCCACCAGAAAAGCCAAAAAGUGAUGCUGUGGAAAGAUCAACUCCAAACAAAGCUCCUGAUACUCCAAGUAGAUGUUUUUUGACAGAAAAGCCAAAAAGUGAUGCUGUGGAAAGUUCUACCCCAAAGAAAGCUCCGGAGACUCCAAGUAGAGGUUUUCCACCAGAAAAGCCAAAAAGUGAUGCUGUGGAAAGAUCAACUCCAAACAAAGCUCCUGAGACUCCAAGUAGAUGUUUUCCACCAGAAAAGCCAAAAAGUGAUGCUGUGGAAAGAUCAACUCCAAACAAAGCUCCUGAGACUCCAAGUAGAGGUUUUCCACCAGAAAAGCCAAAAAGUGAUGCUGUGGAAAGAUCAACUCCAAAGAAAGCUCCGGAGACUCCAAGUAGAGGUUUUCCACCAGAAAAGCCAAAAAGUGAUGCUGUGGAAAGAUCAACUUCAAACAAAGCUCCUGAGACUCCAAGUAGAUGUUUUUUGACAGAAAAGCCAAAAAGUGAUGCUGUGGAAAGAUCAACUCCAAACAAAGCUCCUGAGACUCCAAGUAGAGGUUUUCCACCAGAAAAGCCAAAAAGUGAUGCUGUGGAAAGAUCAACUCCAAACAAAGCUCCUGAGAAUCCAAGUAGAUGUUUUUUGACAGAAAAGCCAAAAAAAGCACCUGAGACUUCAAGUAGAGGUUUUCCAACAGAAAAUGCAAACAAAGCAACUAAGAUUCAAAGUAGAGAUUUUAUGAAAGAAAAACCAAAAACUGACGCUGUGGAAAGUUCAACCCCAAACAAAGCUCCUGAGAUUCAACUUAGAGAUUUUCCCACAGAAAAUGAAAACUCAGAGAAAAUGAGCAUUCUCAGAUCACAGCUGCUAAUACAACGCAAAAAAAAUCUUCCAUUAAAAUCCGCAUUCCGCAGCAGCGCUGGGGAUGGUUCUGAUGACACUGCGCUUUUCGCGCCAGAUAUUGUGCUCAAAAAGAGACGGCCAAAAAAGCAAAAUCACAGCAGCAGCCAUGCUACUGCUGUAUCUGCGAUCAACCUCCCUGUUGGCAAAAGUCAUGACUGCAAUAGUGUGAUAAACCAAAAAGAAACCAGGCAAAAAAGACAAGAUCCUCCUUUACAGGUUGUGAAUGACAAAACUAUGCAGGACCAUAAAGAAAAGGUGAGAGAAAAAGGGUCCUGUUACUUAAAACCGUAUUUGACCACAAAACUUGACAGAGCAAACAAGACACCAGUGAUGCACAGUGAGUAUCUGUCACCAAAGAACACUGUGAAAAAGAAAGUGAGAUUUGCCUUAUUUGGGACCAAAAGCGAUCACCAGUGUGCCGCACAAGAGCGGCGUUUCUCGCCCCCUGCUACUUUAACUGUCUUCAGCGCUUUCCAAGAUUCUAGUAAGCAGUGGUCCCAAAACAAGCAUCCGUGUUUUCCCCAAGGGCGGCGUUUUUCAGACCCCAGUACCUCAACAGUAUCCAGUGCUUCCAAAGACUAUUCAGACGUGCUUUCUGCCAAACAAAAAGUACACAACCAGUGGAGCAGCACUUUUAUACCAAAAGUAAAGAAGACCUCUCCUCCCAGGUCUCCUCCCAGGUCACCACAGAAAGUUGAACCACAGAAAGUUGAACCACAGAAAGUCGAACCACAGAAAGUCGAACCACAGAAGAAAAAACCCCAAAAACCCCAGGAAGUCUUGAAAUCAAACAUGGUAGCAUUAAAAAAGCAAAUUUUAUAUAGAGCCAUGCUAUCCAGCCAAGAGACUGAGCAAAAGCAUACAAAACACUAAAUGGUUAACUUGUGCAUAAAGUUACUUUUAAUAUGUUUUUACUUAAAAUACAUGUAAUACAUGUGGCUGUUUUUUUAUAAUUAGCAUUCCUGAUUUUUUAUGUAUAUAAUGUUUUUUAACUUUUGAGGGAAAGACGAAAACUUUAUUUUUAUACAAUCGUUAUAUUGUUUGUAAUUUAAUGUGCACCGCUGUAUAUGACUGAAUGUUGCUGGAUGACAAAUGACUGUACAUAUUUAAUAUACAUUUUUGUAAUGCAUAUUUUUUUUUAUUUUUUGUACUUGUAAAUUUUAUUUACAGUUUAAAAUACAACUUACAGUUUUCUAAAAAUGUUGAAUAAAGACAAAACUGUAUGCAACAAGUUUUGCAAAAUCUCUCGAAUCUUUUUAACUGACAACUAACACCUUUUCACACCAUAUCACUAUUUUGAAAUAAACCUGUGCCAAUUUGUCACUCUUCAUUUUUAAUCUUUUUAACAGUCCCUGUGCUGCCAAGACA